AUGCGACCCAGGAGGGGGCCGGCAGCGGGGAAGGGGCCGUGCCUGGCCCGGGCCAGGGGGUGCGGAUCUCCCGCCAGACACCCCCGCGCCCCCAGCCCGGGCCUGGAUGCUGGAACGGGGCUGGCACCGGCGGCCCGGGAUGGGCUGGGGCCGCGCUGGGCACUGCUCAGAUGGGCACACACCUGUGCCCCCGGCUGUAUCCCCUCAGCUGUGCCCCCUGCUUUGUGGGGAUCCUGCGCCCCUCGUGUUCCCAGGGCUUUGCACACCCUGUUUGGGGGGUCCUGCACCCCGCUGUACCAGCGGGCUGUGCACACCCAAUUCGGGGUGCUCUGCCCGCAGAUGUACCCCCAGAGCAGACUGUGCACACCCAAUUCGGGGUGCUGUGCCCGCAGAGGUACCCCCAGAGCAGACUGUGCACACCCACUUCGGGGUGCUGUGCCCGCAGAGGUACCCCCAGAGCAGACUGUGCACACCCACUUCGGGGUGCUGUGCCCGCAGAGGUACCCCCAGAGCAGACUGUGCACACCCACUUCGGGGUGCUGUGCCCGCAGAGGUACCCCCAGAGCAGGCUGUGCACGCCCAAUUCGGGGUGCUGUGCCCGCAGAGGUACCCCCAGAGCAGGCUGUGCACGCCCAAUUCGGGGUGCUGUGCCCGCAGAGGUACCCCCAGAGCAGGCUGUGCACACCCAAUUCGGGGUGCUCUGCCCGCAGAUGUACCCCCAGAGCAGGCUGUGCACGCCAGCUCUGGGGGCCCGUGCCGUGCCGGGCCCGUGUCCCCUUGCUCCCUGAUGGAUUUUCCGUCCCUCGGCGGGGCCGUUUCCCUGGAAACCUUCACACCCUCCGGCCCGACACCUGCGGGGCCUGGGAACGCGCCGGGGGGGCUCCUCCCAGCCCCGACCCCGGCCCUCGACACCCGCCGCCCGUGGGGGCUCCCCUGCCACCGCCAGCACCGGGCAGCCAGAGGGGUCCGUCAGGGGGCGGUGGGAGAGCGGCACCCCCAAAACGGCGGGGGGAGCGUGUCUCACACAGUCCCGGGGGCAGCUCCCUGUCUGGGGACAUGCUGCAGGGACACAGGGACACCGCAGACGCACUGCAAACCCCACCGAAGCCCCGUCAGAGCCCCGGUGCACCCCCAGACCGUGCUGCAGCCCCAGUGCAGCUCCCCCGCAGCAGAUGUGCAGAGACCCCGCUGCAGCUCCCGGCCCCGUCCCCAGCCCAGCGCGGGCCCGAGGGGCAGCACCGAGCAGCUUCACACCUCUGGGGUGAAAUUCGUCACCCCGCGUUCACAGCCGCGGCCCCCGCCCCCCCCCCAGACCCCCGGCCUUUGAAGUGCUGCUCCCGCAGCCACGAAGGUGCCUCUUCACACCUCGGGCCCGGCAUAAAGCCGGGGCUCUGGGGAGCCCCUGGCACACAGCUCCCAGCCUCCGGCCCUGCCAUGGCCCACACGCUGCCCGCCGCCGCCCCUCUGCAGGGCUGGGCUGCCCGCGGCCCCCCGGACCCCCUCGGCUACAGCAGCAGCUCUCCCGCAGCAUCGCCGGACUCGUGCGGCCUCGCGUCCCCCGGCCCCGCCCGGGGACCGUGCCGCGGCCACGCCGCCCCCCGCACCAGGGGCAGGAAGGGGGCGCGGGGCGGGGGCGCGCCGGGGGUCCCUCGGCAGAGCGCCAGCGAGCGGGAGAAGCUGCGGAUGCGGCGGCUGGCUCAGGCCCUGCUGAGGCUGCGCCACUACCUGCCCCCAGCGCUGGCACCCGCAGGGCAGAGCCUCACCAAGAUCGAGACCCUGCGCCUCGCCACCCGCUACAUCGCCCACCUCUCCGCCCUGCUGGGGCUCGGCCGGGGGGCGCCGGCCCCCCGGCACUGUCCUCUCUGCCCCCGGGGGCUGGGGUGCUGCCAGGACCCAGACCCCCGUGAUGCUUCGCCGCCCGGCUUCGCUGCGGGCUGGGGGACACCUGCCACGGCGGGGACACCCCCGGAGCCGCACGGGGCUCCCGGCGUGGGGACGGGUGCCUGGGGCUCACCUCUCUGCAGCCCUGCUGAGGGCACUGCCCAGAGGAUGCUCGGGGGUCCGGAGAUGGGGUUAGAGACCUGGGGGUCACCCCCCUACACCCCUGCUGCAGGGACCCCCCCAGAUGUACUCGGGGGUCCGAACAUCGGGAUGGAGACCUGGGGGUCUCCCUCCUACAUCCUUGCAACCGGGACCCCUCCGGAGGUGCUUGGGGUUUCCAGCAUCCAGACGGAGACCUGGGGGCCGCCCCCCUACAUUCCUGCAGUGGGGACCUCCUCAGAGCUGAACAAGGCUGUCUCCUCCACCGCGUCCCCCUGGCUGACCCCUCCCCACUCUGCAGGGGCUGGGGCCCCCCCGGAUCUCCCUGGUGGCGUCCUGGACAUGGGACUGGUGCUGUCAGAGUUCGUGGGCACAGGGACAGUCACCCAGGAUCUCUCUGCGGACCUGCUCUCACUGCUGGAGGUUCUGCUCCCCACUCAGCCCCGGCACUGACCCAGAUGAGUCCCCGGGCCUGGAGCGCCCAGAGCCCCACGAUGCCUGUCGGGAUCCCUGCAGCCUGGGGACGCACACAGCCCUUGGAGAGCUGCAGGAACGAGCUGCCCCGUCGGAGCCUGGAGCCGUGCUGGACGCGCCGGGUGGCGGCGGCUGGAUGUGAAUAAACCCUU